GACAACUGUUUCACUUUAAAGAGGAACAUGGCGACGAGCUGUAGAUCUGUGCAAACUACAGGACAAAUUCUGUACAGGUGUUCUAACUAUUUGCACCAAACUACCAGGAGUUUUUCAGAAAGCAGUGACAAAGGCUGGUUCCGCUCCUUAUUUGUGCACAAGGUGGAUGCGAGGAAAGAUGCCCACUCUAACCUGCUGUCAAAGAAAGAGACCAGCAACCUGUAUAAAAUCCAGUUUCAUAACGUCAAACCCGAGUGCCUAGACGCAUACAACAACCUUGAGGCUGAAGUACAAACCAGGCUCCAUCAGGAUCAGGAUUUCCCCUGUGAGGUUGUUGGCAGUUGGAACACCUGGUAUGGAGAGCAGGACCAAGCUGUGCAUCUGUGGCGAUACAGAGGAGGCUACCCAGCUCUGACUGAAUGCCUGCAGAAAUUAAGAGCCAACAAGGAAUAUUUGGAAUUUCGCAGAGAGAGAUCAAAAAUGUUGAUUUCAAGGCGAAAUCAGCUUCUUCUGGAGUUUAGCUUUUGGAAUGAACCUUUGCCAAGAAAAGGACCAAACCUCUAUGAAUUGCGCACCUACAAUCUUAAGCCAGGAACCAUGAUUGAAUGGGGCAACCGCUGGGCAAGGGCAAUCAAAUACAGACAAGAAAACAACGAGGCAGUGGGUGGGUUCUUCUCCCAGAUUGGUGACCUGUAUGUUGUUCAUCACUUGUGGGCCUAUGAAAGCCUUCAAUCCCGAGAGGAGACAAGAAACUCUGCCUGGCAGAAAGAGGGCUGGGAUGUAAAUGUUUAUUAUACAGUGCCUUUGUUGAGGAGCAUGGAGUCCAGAUUAAUGAUUCCUACCAAGAGUUCACCUUUACAGUGAAGUUUUGACUCUUACUACCAACAACUGAAUGACUACAACUCCCCAACAUCAUCAUCCACCUCCCAAAAGCUGAGUCACCUGUGUGUUAAGUCUGCUGGAUGAUCCAUGUUACAUCAGUGUCUUUCUUUGUAUUCACACUCC